AUGCCAUCUGUAAUCCUAGCCAUCCAAUCCAACUCCCGUCUAUUCAGCGACAGCACUAUCGCCGCUCAGACGGAAUAUGCUGUCCAGGAGAGGACCGUCGAGCUUCGAACCUGCGGCAUAUUCUACUCCUUGGACAAACGGGCUCUGUUGCAGCCGUAUGGCGCAUGGGAUGCCCAGGACAUCCCACGAUAUGCUCUCCGCGGCAGGUUUCGGACCAUGGUUGUUGUGUGGAUCCCCGGCGCUGAUUGGUUCGGUUCAGGGGCCGAAGUGGAUCAUCGACCAAUCAGCAAUGCGCUACUCACCGAAAAUGGUCCCCUGGAGUCAAAGCAGCAUAGCAUGGCUCUAGUUCUCCCUGACAUCAACGGCUUCCUGCAGCAGGUGCCCAGGACCCAGAGGACUGUAACCGAAGACGACCCUGUGGCACGUUACUUCGACCUCGAUGCAUAUUAUGGAGACGGGUCUGACGAUAACGAGAGUCGAUCGGGAUCCUCCUCUGUCCACACCCCUGGUCUCGUGUAUGAUACGGCAACAUCCCCGUCCGCAGACUCGGACUCGUCCGCUGUCGACGAACAGGAACCUGCCGAACAGUCCCACCCCCUCGACAAUACCAGGAAGGCACUCGAGGAGGUCCGGAAGCAGGAUGGACACAUCAUCUGGCCCCAGCCGGAUCCCAACCAGCAUCUUCCCCGGAACACCGUGCUCAACCUCCCCACCAACAAGAAGAAAGGACGCCGCUCCAGCAGCCCCGCGUCCCGGCAGGUCAAGAACCCUGCCGAGACGGCCCAGAUUAGAAGGCUGGGCGCCUGCAUCAAGUGUCGUAUUGAGAAACUUAAAUGCUCCGACGGGGGUGUCUGCCCUUCCUGCCAGUCCAAGUUUGGCUCCCCUCUGUGCCAGCAUACAUGCCUCCGGAAGACAUUGGCAGAGACGGCCCGCCACGCCACACAAAUUCGCUACACGGGUCUGAGGUACAAAGAGGAGCAGGAACUCCUCAAGACCAAGCGAGCCUUUGGCGACGGUGCGACAGAAGUCGUGCUCAGUUUCUUCGACACAAGAGAGUGUCCCGUGCUCCCCACUGUCUUCCGGCAGUGCCACACCCAUGGAGGCAACUCGGACAUCAUUGCAUUCCACAGAGAUUGGGUACCAAGCUACCCCAGCCUCAUCAAAUGGGCCGAGCGCCAGAUCCUCUUUGAGCGUGACGUUGGGUACACCGCGGGGUUCGAAGGAACCAUUGAGCUCUUCGUCAUGGGAUACGCCAAGGCUUCGGCCACCUCCACCCUACCGCAGGCUCGCCUCAUGGUCAAGAUCCAUGAGAUAAGGUGCAUGUACCGGAUCUGGAGGGCGGACACUCUGUUCUGGCACCACCGCCAGAGUCCCCACUGCCUCCCCCUGCCACCGCUCAUCCAAGCAGAGCUGCGCCAGAUUGUGCGUCAAGCGCUGGAGUCAUCCGAACGGGACAUUCUCAGCGAGCUCGACAAGUUCCUCAAGCCCUCUGGUAUCUCUGCCGACGACCGGGCUCCUCUCUGGGCCGGACUGUGGCAGUUGAUUUUCGUCUUCAAAGACAUGGCCAGAAUGUUCAAUGAUGUCGAUAAGCAGAGGAACUUUCAAGGGAGAGCCAUCAACGUCCACCCAGAUUUCAAGACAUAUAAGGCCGCGACCGAGGAGUUGUUGAUCGCACUCUUGGCAUUUUAUGGCAGUCAUUACCGGCAGGCGAGCAACUUGCGUGUGGAGCUUCGAUGUCUUGACCCGGAUCAUAUACCGAAUCCCGCGACCCGCCGCGAACUCGCUGAGCUCUUCAAACAAGCUUAUCUCGACCGUGCUCCCUUCCAUGAAUCAGUCCAGAACUCGAGUCACGAGCUGGAGCAGUUGGUGAAGGCGUUGGUUGUUGAUCACGAAGUAAAGCGGCUCAGCAACAGACGGAGUAGGGGUCGCCCUCAGACACAGGUCAUGGUCGUGGAUUCCAGCCCUAUGUCCAUCGACAUCGGCCUUGACGAGGACGUCGAUAUGAACUGAUGACCAGAGAACACCGUGCGAAAGGGCCAAACCACGUUUUCAGUCGACUUCUUUGCGCUUUCUUUUUCUGAUACGGACUCAUGAUGACGGAUAAUGACGAGAGCUUUGAAUCGGUGGAGUUCGGGGGCUUGGAUUUCUCGACGUUGGGGCGCAUUGGGAGCUGGGGGAUUUUUUAUCCGUACGACGAGAUGGACCAGCCUCUAAUGGCUCAUCUCUUCGAUUCGGACCUUUACCCUUUUUUCGGAGGUCUUGUUUCUUUUUAAUAAUUUAACCAGUCGGCCAAGGAGACUCUCGGUAUCCAAACCCUGGACUGCCUGUGGAGAGACUCUCACUGUCAGGUUUAUUCUGUCCCG